UUUCUUUCUUCCUCUCCAGGAAAGGGCUCCUGCUCUUAUUUGGUCUCCCACGGCGAUUCGAAACAAAUUCUUUUCCCCGAAGAAAGGAAAGGAAGGAGACGGCCGGCGAGCUAAUCGGCCAUGGGGGACAGCCAGUACUCCUUCUCCCUCACCACCUUCAGCCCGUCUGGUAAGCUGGUGCAGAUCGAGCACGCGCUGACGGCGGUGGGCUCUGGACAGACCUCCCUCGGGAUCAAAGCUGCUAAUGGAGUUGUUAUUGCCACUGAGAAGAAACUGCCGUCUAAUUUAGUGGAUGAAACAUCUGUGCAAAAGAUUCAAGCGUUGACUCCAAAUAUUGGAGUUGUUUACAGUGGGAUGGGUCCAGAUUUUCGCGUUCUUGUGAGGAAAAGCCGGAAGCAAGCACAGCAGUAUUACCGAUUGUACAAGGAGUCUAUACCUGUUACACAGCUUGUCAGAGAAACCGCUGCUGUUAUGCAGGAGUUCACACAGUCAGGCGGUGUAAGGCCAUUUGGUGUAUCUUUGUUGAUAGCUGGGUAUGAUGACAAUGGACCCCAGUUGUAUCAGGUAGACCCAUCAGGAUCAUACUUCUCCUGGAAAGCAUCAGCAAUGGGGAAAAAUGUGUCCAAUGCAAAGACAUUUCUUGAGAAGAGGUACACAGAAGAUAUGGAGCUUGAUGAUGCCAUCCAUACUACAAUUUUGACUCUGAAAGAAGGAUACGAAGGGCAGAUCUCGUCCAACAAUAUUGAGAUCGGGAUAAUUCGACCUGACCGUGAGUUCAGGGUUCUGAGCCCUGCGGAGAUCAAGGAUUUCCUGGAAGAGGUGGAGUAAAGAUGUCCCUCGACAAUUCGCGGGUUCCAGAAACGAGAAAAGCAAAAGCCCAAGCAGCCAAGCCGACGCCCCCCUAAAGUUCAUGACAUCUUCAGGAUUCUUUUUCCAAUCUUUUGAAGUGAUUAUCAGCGGCAAUGCGGCAUGUCGUAGACUCGGUCGGAGCAGCUAGGCUUCCAGGUAGAUGUAGGUGCGUCGUGCAUGCUGUACCCUGCUUGUCGCACUGCCCGCCACUCGCCUGGCCAGCAUACAAUGUGCCGUGGUGCCCGUCCUCGUGUGUCCCCCGGGGCCCAUUGUACAACGUCCAUUUCACCGUCCCGAUCAGAGGGCAGCCAGCAUCUUUGCGGUCGGGAGUUGAUUUUUGUUGCGCAAGAUAAAAUAGGGAUCAAAGUCAGACCGGGCUGUCCUAAUCAGGAUGAAAAAUCUGCUUCCGGUCGUUA